UUUUUAAUUUCUCUUAGACGGAAGAAGACUUCUUCUCUGACCUAGCAGGAGGGCAAAAUGAGCAGCCCUCUGAUGAUGAUAAUGAUGAUGAUGAAGAUGAGGAAGAUGACUUGGGGCAGAGCGACGAUGAAGAGGUGCCGGACCGAGAGUCACUUCGACAUCAAGAGAGACCGAAGAGGACCAAAGGGAUGAGAGUAGAGAAGGACCUCAAUUUGGGGCCGAUGGUCCAGUCUCUUAGACAGGAAGGUAUGUCUGGACCCAUUUUAUGGCUCCAGAACUGUCUGAACAGGACUGCAGACUACCGUGAAGAAGAUGGUGUGUCCCAAGCUGUACCUCUGGUCCCGCUGACGGAGGAGAACGAGGAUGCCAUGGAGGCCAAGAGCUUCCAGAGGCUGCUGCACAAGCUGGGAGUCAGGGCACCUGCCGAUGAGCAGGAGACAUUCUGGAGGAUUCCUACUAAGCUGAGUGCCUCCCAGCUGCGGGCAGCGGCCGCUGCCCUGUCCGUGAGUGAGGAGGCGCCAACGGAGGAGGAGCAGGGAGGUGUUGAGGGGAGCCCUGUGGAGGUGCACAGCGAGUCGGAGACGAGCCAUGAGCAGAGGGUGCAGGCCCUGCGAGCGCUGCUGCUGAAGCGUAAGCGGAAAGCCCCGGCGGGCAGGCACAGGGAUGAGUCUCCCACAGUGAAUGACCCUGAGCUGGACCCCGACACGGAAGCCCCAAGAGCCCCGGAGGAGAGCAGGAACUCUGUGAAGAGGAGCAGAGUGCUGGACAGUGAUGAUGAAACAGCAGAGGAUGUGUCAGUGAAUCACAGAGAGCCCGAUUCGGACGAGGACUCGCCGUCCGUUCCAGCCAAACGCAGGCGUCAACGGGUGCUCAUUGACGAUGAUGAUGAAGAAUAGGGGGAGUCCUGCCUGUACCUACAGAAGGCUUUGUGGAAGAGCUGAGACGGCUCCAGCUUCCUGUGGGGAAUGUGUACCCAUGUUUAUUUUGAACCAUUAAUUUCUGUUUUGAUAUUAGCUUUUUCUUUUCCCACUUUUCCCUCCCCCACUGUAUUUUAUUCAUUGUUAGGACAGAUGUCACCUUGCGUUGUUCUCAGAUUGAACCCCCACUUGUCACCAAACUUAUGGGUGCAAAAUGGUCAGUAUAAGUUUACUACUACAUUGUUCUUGCAGUUAUUUGUAGUUGUCGGGAGAUGGAUGGAUGGAUGGAUGGUGGGGGGGGGCAGUCCUGUGUUUGCUGGGGGUGUUCUGUUCCUGGAUGUUUAGUCUGACCAAGCUUUUGACCUCCAUUUUCAAUAAAAAUGUUUGUACCAGAUA